UUUUAUCCGUUUAUAAAGCUAUAUGAAUCGUAUCGCGAAUUGAAUGCCGUGUAGCAAUGCCAGCUUCACGCAGAACAGAGAGCGUUUCAAGGGCGUCGAGAAGGAGUUGGCGCUGCACCUCGGCCAGCUCAGGUCGGAGCGUUCGAAGGUGCAGGCGGAGUCGUUGUCUUCUAUGAAGUCCAUUCUGGAGCAGCUCCGGCCCGCGAUGCGCAAGAACUUGGCUCAGAAAAAGGUCCUCGACGCCGCUUUGGCCGAAUUGGGGGACCCGGACUCGGACAAGGAGCGGUUAUUUCGCCGCAUGCAGGAGGCGGGGCUCAUUUUGCCGAAGGGAGGCGGUGGUCGGGAAGGCGUGGACGUCGAGAGAAAUGAGGUUUUAGACAUAGAGAGCAAACUUGGAGAGUCCAUUGGGUGGGUGAGAGAGAGGGCCAGACGUUUGAGUUGCGAGAGGGAAAAGGUGGAGCACAUGUUCUGCAGGGAGCUGGAACAGUACGACGCGUCUGAGCUGGUGAAUAAAUUAAGAAAAAAAAAGUGA